AUGACGUCCAUCAAGCCCCUGGUUGAGAAGCGCCGCCGUGCUCGGAUCAAUGCCAGCCUGGAGCAGUUGAGAAGACUCCUUCAGCAGAACCCAGAGAAGCAGGAUGCUAGAGCCCUGUCACGGCUGGAGAAGGCAGAGAUCCUGGAGAUGACUGUACAACAGCUACAGAGACUGAAGAAACCAGACAUUGCUGCUUCCAAGGAUGGCCAAGAUUUUGCUGCUGGUUACUGCCAUUGCCUUAAUGCUGUCAGCAACUUCCUAAGCUCAGAUGGCUCUUCACUGAGUCAAAACAUAAAGUCUCAGAUCUUGCGCCAGCUGGAGGAUGCAUCUAAGGUCAGAUCCACUGUUGCCCCGAACCAGUCUCCUAAAAUCUGGCAGCCCCAGGAGGCUAAUUUGCCUUCCACUAAGCCACAUCUACGCCAAUCCUCAGCCUUCCUUUGCGUAACUGCUCCUGCCUUGCUGCCUCCUGGAACCACUAUGACCUUGCCAGCUCUAGAAACCCAAUCCCGCCCCAGGGAACAGAUGUCUCAAAGUCCUGCUUUGGGAUCACAGCCACCCCUUCUUCCAUCACUCUCCCGGACUCUUACAACCCCCCCUGCCACACCGCAGAUGUGGAGACCUUGGUGAACCACAACCUGGAAGACUGUACCCACCUGGUCUACUUACUAAGCCAGAAUGGAAAGCGAGGGUGCAUGGAGCCACCUUCUUCAGCAAAGGAGGAUCUACCCCCAAUCAACCAUAUCUGGGGCACUGUGAAUACCUGCUCCCGGUUCUGCACCUUGUUACCACUAAUGGAAAGUUGGUACAUAGUAAAGGUCUGCUGCAACUGGCUAUUCCCACAGAUGUUCUAGAACAGGACAGCAUCUAAUGAACAAUUGUGGAACAAUCCUUCCACAGCCAGCACAUAGCAGGGCAGUCAGUGGAAAGGAACUUCAUAGCCCUAGGCUUUGAGGUGAUGCACUGACUGCUAUCGUUUGGCCAGUGCUUAGUCCCUGUCAGCAUAGCACUGAUAUUGUUUAAUAGCAUGAAGAUAUUGAAGAGUUUCAGUAAGAUCCUGCAGCAGCAAAACCUGAAGUAUUACUGCCUUUAGUCUAUGCCAAGGAAAUUUAUGAAAGAAUCCUCUGACCCAGCAUCUACAAUAACAAAAAGACUGAACUCAACAUCCCAGGAGGUCCCGUCCAGCCUUUGUCCCUAGAUAUGCUACUUUUUAUAAUUCACCCUGUAGCCCUUUGGUUAUGGGAGGAAGAUAGCUAGUCUCAAUAUCACCACACCCAGAUGCAGAAAAAUGGUUGGAAAUUAACUGAAGUUUUUCCCCUGUGAUAUGUAGGUACCCCACAGGAUUCCUCAGUUGAUCAUAGUUAACCCAUAAUAAAGACCAGCCAAACGUAUUCAUUUAUAUAUAAAAGUACAGCAGUGCAAAAGGUGUUGUUUUUUUUUAAACAAAAAACCCUAAAACAUUUACAUCUUGUCAUUGAGCAUUGUUUCUAAGUUAGCACUAGGAGGAAAGAGGAGUUGGAAAACAAAAGAAAUCCAUAAGGUUCUCUCUCAGAUCUAUUUGCCAAGAAAGUGAAGGGAGGUGUUAUUGGAGGGAAGAGGGUUGUUAGGGCAACAGAUCUGCAGCAGGCAGAUCAGUUCCCUCGGGACAGAUUAAAGGAGCCAGAAAAAAUGACCCAACUCCAUUUUCUUUAGAGCUUUUGUUCCUUUAUUCAGUAGACAUCUAGUUACAAGUUUCAGAAAUUAAAAAAAAAAAAAAAAAAAGUGAGGGAGUUGAUUGGAAGGAGGGUUCAACGGGUUACAAACUGGUCCAGCUCUUGUUCUGCUCUACCUCCCAUAUGCACAUCCUUUCACCCUCCCCAUACUGUAACAGGGAGCAACAGAGGAAGUGGGCUUUCCUCUCACUAAGGGGACUAACAGGGAGCCCAGGAGAAUUUCUUCACAAUCAUUUCAGUUCCAGAACCAGCCAGAGCCAGGCACAGAAGAACUGGACAGGAUGAAAAAAAAAAAAAAAAA